AUGAAUCCUCAUCUGGACUCCAAAUCUAACGUAUGCCCAAAAUCUUUUUUCUCGUUUGUACUACCCUUCCUGUUUUUCAAAUGGAAUCCCUUGACUGCGAUGUGCAUCAACCUUCCAUUUUAUCAAUAUUCCUGGAUAUUUGCGGCCAUCAACAUGAUGGUCAACCUGGCCCUCAACACCUACUUUCUGUUCUGGCACCUGGCGGCUCCUCCUCCGCAAGACAACGUGUUCGUGCAGUCGAUCGACGUGGGCCGCUUCCACCUGUCCAUUCGCAUUCCCUGGAACUUUCUCCACGUGGGCCGGAUGCUGUACUCGGUGCAGGGUUUAGCCCGGGGGCUGUACUUUCUGCUGGUGGCGGACAACUACGGUCCCCUGCUGGGCAGUGUCGUCACCGGGCCGGCCCUUUUUGCGUUCGAUAUGGCGAUGUCGGCGCGGAACUUCCGCAAGGAGGACUGUGGCUGCCCCGGCGGAUGUCGCCAGUACUUUUGGAUGCGCACCGUGAAGCACGUGACGGCGGUUCUGCACUGGAGCACCAUGUGCUGUUUGCUGUUUGGGCGCUUUGAAGGGUGUGUUCGGGAAGAAUGAUGUGGGAAAACGGGCUUUUGCCUCUAAAUAUUUUAUUGUGUGUUUCAUAAAUUGUUACAAAAACUAGUGAAUUUUUGGUGACUUACGCAGUCGUGUGUUAGUGCAUUAGUGCGUCACAUGAAUACAUCUUUGAACAAAACUUUGCCUAUGCUUGGUGACACGAAAAGCGACCAUCUCUGGUGGGAACCGCUCAUAAAAUUCUGUCCGUGUCCGGUUUAUAAACUAUCUUUUCAUCCUUCAUGUGAAAUUUGAUUGAUCGCCUUUUUUCUAGGUUAGGUGUUAUUUUUGCAUGCUCUUUUUCUGUAAUACAGAUGGCGUUAUCUCUCUCAUUACAU